AUGGGUGUAGGUUGCUCGUGCAAGCUCUAUAACUUCAAAUGCAAGAGAUUCUCUAUACCAAAGCUUGCCAUCUGGUAUACAAUUAGCUUCUCGGUCCAAGAUUUCAAUAUCGAUAAGGAGCUUUUGGUUACACAAAUUAAGGAUGAGAUGGAGAUGGGAAAAGAAGGAGGGCAAGAACUACUUUCGUGUGUUGGUUUAGGCUUCUUUAUUGCCAUUAAACAAGAUGAUUUGUGA